AUGAGGAGGACGGUUCUUAAAGAAGCCGCAAAGCGCUUCCCCUGGGUGGCCAACGUCACCCUGUACGGCUGCCUGUUUGCCGGCGGGGACCUGGCGCACCAGCUCAUCGCGCAGAGGGAGCGCAUCGACUGGAAACACACGCGCAACGUGGCCAUCGUGGCCAUCACCUUCCAGGGGAACUUUAACUACUUCUGGCUGCGCGCUCUGGAGAAACGUUUUCCUGGGAAAUCCGCAGGAAUGGUUUUCCGCAAACUGCUGCUGGACCAAAGCUUUGCGUCACCUUUGGCUACCAGCGUCUUCUAUACAGGCGUGAGCUUCCUGGAAGGUAAGGAGGACAUCUUUGAGGACUGGAGGGAGAAGUUCUUCAACACCUGGAGGCUAGAGCAGCAACUGGGCUUUUGGUCGACUACAGCGCGUGACGGUAUCCUGGACACAGGUGGCCCCGUGCUUCCCCGCCUGCCUUACCUGUCCCCGACCGGCGGCUCAUGGCUCUCUGCUGAGGUCCGGUCCAAUCAGCGGCCCCAGUAG